UUUCGACCAGAACAUGUCUCGAUCAAUGGAGAGGAAGAAAACGGCUUCUGAUGACAGCAAGGAAUCUCGUUCACGAUUCACGGUCACGCCUGCUCCCUCGCGUCCAAACGCCAUGACGACACGGCGUUGGCCAGCUUCAGCUUCAGCUUCAAGGUCCAUCUUCCAGCAACACACAAGACACAGCGCCUCCUAAUCCUCCGCCUCAACGACUACGGGAACCAGGACCGUAACACCAGUCUCUCAUACGAAACAUGGCCUCCCAAUACCAAGGUCCCGGCGCAACUCUCUGGGCACACAUGCCUCCCCCCGCCGAAUGCCUCGCAAUCCUAGUCGGCUGCGCAGAAGUCGUCGUCUUCGGCCUCGGCGGCCUCGCCAACCCCUCCGACUUCUCCAACGGCUACGGCCUCCCCAUCGACGCAGCGACCGAGGGCGUUCAAGCCACUCAGUCACAAAAGACCCAAAGCGCACUCGUCAAAGCCAUCGCUUCCCGACACGUGCAGAACGGCGCGCUGAUCUUGACGUUUGGGUUGUACACCAGGAAUCGCACGGCGUUGGGGUUCGCCGUGGCGUAUAGUGCUAUUUCGGCGCUCGCGGAUACGUUGCUGGUGAAGAAUAAUGGGGUGGAUUCAUUGGCGGGUGGGCAUGUGAUUGCUGCGUUGAAUUCGUUGUUGGUUGGUGGAGCGUUGCUUUACUGGAAAAGAGAUGAUAAGAUAUGGUGAU